CGUAGCUUCCCGCUUCCCCCUGCCAGUCACGGUGCACUGCAAGCCCCGCCACGGCCAAUGGACGCGACGCGUGUUGCUCUCACAGUCUCAUUCUCUCCGGCCUCAGCAGGACCCAAGUACCAUACAUCCCGUCCUGACCUCAUGCCUCGAUGAAUCUCCCCUUGUCGGACACGGUCGGGAGUCGGAACGAUUCAAUCUAGAGCAAUGGAUUUUUGGAACCGGAAUGCGCAGCCGGCCUUCAUUGCAGCGGUACAGGCUGCGUGCGACGCAAUUGGCAAAGACUUAGCUGCUGAGGUUCGCGACAAAUACCAGAGGCCCCAUGCCCUUCUUGAGGAUGAGGUCCGCAGGUUAAAGGACGCGGUUGCCAAAGCGAGUCUACUAGAACAACAGAACCUCAUUCUGCGCCGACAGCUUGAGGAACUUCGGAAAAAGAGACAGCAUGACUCUGAAGUGGCCCCCAUUAUAGUGCCAGCGGUACUUGAGUUAUCUUUAUCGAAAGCCCCACGACUGGCACUGGCUGAGAUAUCUGCCAAUAAAGGCGCUGGCGCUGGCGCAGAGAGGUCCGAUAAAGAAAACAAAUAUGCGAAGCUCGCCAAACGCUUCACGUUACUGAAGGACAAUUUUGAGAAACUGAAAGCGGCAGCAAGGAGCUUUCGUGACCAGAGGGACAAUUGGAUCCGCUACGCCAACCAGCUGGAAACCAAAGAAAAGAAGCUUCGUGCUAAGCUGAAAACCCGAGACGAGGGUUACACCCCUCUACCUAAUAUCGACACCGGAAACGCGACUGUGUGUGACCUGAAAGCUCGAGACAGGAGCCCCAAUUCGACGUUGAGCGUCACUGUCUCCGGGGCGAGAGCGAAUCUAGUAUCGGCCAUCGACAAACAUCCAGAGAGGACAGGUCAUAUAAGCCUUCUCUCGAAUCCUGAAACAAGUUAUGGACAUGAUUCUGCACUUGAAUCGUGGCUCCGUAAGAGAUCAGCCUCGACGCCUGAAGAUAUCGCAGAUCGACCAAACCAUCAGCAGCAGCAGCUUGGGUUAGAGUUGUCCUCCCUGCCAAACGACGAUGAGACCACGGACGAUGCCGAAGGUUUCGACGAUCUGCCCGCUAUACCGCCAAACCUCAGUGCAGGAGAUGACGUAGCUGUGAAGCAGGAGCCUUCUUCUGAUGGCCCGAUAAUAAUCUUUGAAAGGAGCCUACGGAAACGGAAGCACACGGGUGCUGACCAUAAAACUCCACCGCGCUCUGCCAAGAUCAAGAGUGAACAUGAGAACAGCUCAGAUCUCAUGAUCACCGAGGAAUUGGCUGUCUUUUCUCCACACGAGAGCAUCGAUCUGGAUGUUAGACAGGAUAUAGUACCGACACCAAGAAAGCAGCGGCCCCCGAAAGAGGAACAGAUCUGGGCCAACAAUGAUAAAGAGAAGACGGGAGGGCAUCGUCUACAGGAUGUUUUUGGUGAGCAUCCCGAUGUUACAACACCUGGAAGCCCAACAUCAAUUUUGCAGAAGGGUGCUAGGGGUUCUAUUGCAUCACGCUCAUCCACGAAGACGGCGGUGUCAAGUGGAAAUGUGUCGAGAACAUACCAAGGUCGCAAGCUGUUUACCCGCUUAAAUUUGAGUCUGGACAGCGGGAUUGCAGACGUGGCUGAGGAAAGCUAUCCGGCCUUUUACUCGCCCCAGGCGCGGCCUAGUGAGGCUGAAGCAACCCGUUUGCCGGCAAACGGGGGAAAGUUACAGUCUCUUCUCAAUGAACCAUCGUCAGAAACUAAUUCUGUCUUGCUACGGCGGGGUCGCCAGGGCCGUGGAAGCGACACUGGGAGCUCAAAGAUUGUAUCUGAAAAUCAUACAUCUCACACUGCGGCGGUAGGCCGCGCAACGCCCGCGCCCAAAGCAAACCGCAGUGCUUCUAAAUCGCGCCCCGACGAGGGGAGCCCACGCCGAGCAAAGGCAGGCCGGCUCAGGGAUCGACCUGCCACAGAGUUGCGGACGGAGGAUUUCAAGAUCAACCCGAAAUUCAACGACGGGUACAACCACGCAUUCUCGGAGGUUGUGCGUAGCAAGGCGGACCGGGAGGAACUGCUCGGCUGCACCGACCCAGACUGCUGUGGCAAGAAAUUCCGCGCCAUGGCAGAGUCCGAGCUUAGCCACGGCGGCUCAGCAGUCCUCCUCCGACCAGCGGACGUGGAGAUGCUCGAGAAACAUUUGGGCGAUAGCGCGUACCGUCUCGCCGGUAUGGCAUUGGCGGAAUGGAAGGAGUUGUGGCUCAAGGUCAAAACGCAAGAUAUGGCCAAUAAAUACGGAAGACACCGGCAAAGGGUCGCCCGCAGACCUUCGCCGCCCGGGUUCUGGAAUCCCGACUUUCCCAGCACACAGGAGAUAGAUCAGAGAAAGGAAGAAGCGGAAAAGAUUGAGAGGAGGCUGGUGGAGGACCGAUGGCGAGAGGCAAUGAAGAGCGGAGGGGGUAGAUGGCUCUUUAGGGACGAGUAAGGCGAGCAGAGGCCGAUCUGGCUUCCUCCAUCCGUGUAUGGAUGGAUGUAUCUUCAUCACAUCGUUGACCUGACCUGUCACGCUGUUUUGGAUUCUGCAACAGAGUGCUUGUGCGGCAGGAGCUGACACCAGCGAGCAAACACGUAAAGUGUAUUUGUUUGCUGGCCCAAGGGACGCAUGUUGUUUGGGGGCCACUCUCUGCGUCGGACUGAAUGAAUUGUACAAUUUGUACCUACCUUGCCUGGCUUGGUAUGCGGACCUCGCUUGGGAAGAGGAAAGAGUAGCACAAUUUACUCAUCAACCCCGUAGUCCUAGGAGAUAAAAACAAAUAAUUAUCUAGG